AUGGCGCCGAACAAUAACAACCGCCGCAACCGCAAUAGUCGCCCUCCGAGAGGUCAGCCUCGCUCAUACGCGCCAGCUCGUCCAGCUCGUCCAGCUCAAAACGCGUACCAACCCGCAGGUAGUCUACCUCCAAGCCACACGAUGCCUUACCGCUACCCAAACUACACCACAAAUGCUCCUCUAGAGCGAUACCCCAUAGUUCCGCAGACCGAUUCUCGAUAUCUACCCCCUGGCGGUGCUUACGCCCAAGACCCUCUCCCUCCCCAAGGAUACUCGUCGCAUCCGCAGAUGGCUACGCCUGAUCAGGAGAUGUAUGGAUACUAUGGCUAUCAAUACCAUCUGCAAAACGUCCCUACUCAACAGCAAUACCUCCCUUGCCAGAACUAUGGGUGCGCGCUGCAGCCCAACACUGGAUACUAUCUCGUGCAGCAGCAAAUGGAACUCCAGUCAAGCUCUGGUUACUACGAGGCGCCGCAGCCAAUGUCACCUGAUUACCCAGUGCAUCAUCCCGAGAGCUAUGACUAUGGAGCACCGCAGUUCCAAUACCCGGCUCAACUGCAACCAUACAGUUUACCACCAGGUACGCAGGCCCAGGAUCCUAUCAAUGAAGACGUCUCCUCCUCAACAUCGGCUACUCCUGCGCGUGUAGAUACGCCGUUUGUAUUCAAAGAGUCCGCUACGCCGUUUCAGCCUAGUAAGAGGCGGCAUCCGAACUUCCUCCGUAAGCAUAAGCAGGAGGAUAAUAGACUUGGCCCAGGUAACGAUCGCCGGAAGCCCGACAUCUAUAGGAAGGGCGCGAAAUCGAAGCGGCUACGGGAAGAGAAGGAACUGCGGGGAACAACUGGCGGUCCAAAUCGAGGGAAGAGGAACGAUGAGGAUGAGAACUUCUUUGCCGGAAGGAAUUGA